AUGGAGAAUGCUGAUUACCAUUACGAGGUUGAUGCCAAGGAUCUAAGUUUGGUCCCAGAUCUAAUACUCCCACCGAAAUUCAAGGCUCCGGAAUUCGAAAAAUAUAAUGGGACUAGUUGUCCUGAAGCUCACAUCACGAUGUUCUGUGGAAGAAUGACAGGAUAUGUUGAUAAUGAUCAACUGUUAAUUCAUUGCUUCCAGGAUAGUCUGAUUGGGUUGGCUGCCAAAUGGUACAACCAGUUGAGCCGUGUCAAUAUCUGCUCAUGGAAGGACUUGGUACAGGCUUUCAUGAAGCAAUAUGGCCACGUAACAGACAUGGCAGCUGAUAGAAUUACACUACAAAACAUGGAAAAGAAGCAAAGUGAGAGCUUCAGGAAAUAUGCCCAAAGGUGGAGAGAGAUAGCGACACAAGUCCAGCCACCUCUUCUGGAGAAAAAAACCACGAUGCUUUUCAUCAACACUCUGAAAGCCCCAUUCAUUAACCACAUGUUGGAAAGCGCUACCAUGAGCUUCUCAGAUAUGGUAAUGUCUAGCGAGAUGAUUGAAAACGACAUAAGAAGUGGGAGGAUAGAUGCGGGGGAAAGUGUCAAAGGAUCAACCCCAAAGAACAAAGAAAAUGAAGUGGGCAACCUGAGCUUGUAUAAUAAAGGGUAUUCUAAAUCGGUCACAGUAGGCCAGCCAAUGACGGUAGCUGCUAGUUAUCGAGGCCCCUCAAGGCAAGAAUCCAACUCGAGGCCAAAUACAGAAAUACUUCAGUUCACAUCCAUCCCAAUGACGUAUAAAGAUUUCUAUCAGAAUCUGUUUAAUGUGCAUGUAGUAGCUCCGUUCUACUUAGAACCCAUGCAACCUCCGUUCCUGAAAUGGUAUGAAGCGAACGCCUAA